CGUGUAACCGUCACGUGACGGCACAGCAACAGUACAGGCACGCGGGAGCGCAUGUGUGGCCACAUGCAUGCACACGCACACUCAAGAACACUCAGAGGCAGGACACAGAGGAGCUCCCUGGAGCUGCAUAUUUGAGGCCUCCCGUGGGACUAACACGCAUAGGACCCAGAGGGAUGAGAGCCUAUGGAUGUGAACCCUGAAGAUCAGCAUCCAGAGUGCAGAGCAGGGAAGGAGGAGGGAUCUCCUGUCCUGGAGCUUAACGUCGGAGGCGAGUUGUACACCACCACCGUGGGCACCCUGAGAAAGCUCCCGGGUUCAAAGCUGGCAGAGAUGUUCUCCAGCUCCGCUAAGGCCUACACGGAUGCAGAGGGCCGCUUCUUCAUCGAUCGCCCUGGCACCUAUUUCGGACCCAUCCUGGACUACCUGCGCAGCGAGCGGCUGCCCACACACCACAUCCUGGAGGUGUACCGCGAGGCGCAGUUUUACGAAAUCAAGCCUCUGGUCAAGCUCUUGGAGGACACGCCGCAGAUCUUCGGUGAGCAGGUGGCCCGGAGGCAGUUCUUGCUGCGGGUGCCGGGCUACAGCGAGAACCUGGAGCUCAUGGUGCGCCUGGCGCGCGCCGAGGCGGUGGCGGCUCGCAGCUCCGCGGUGCUGGUGUGCGCGGUGCGCACUGAAGAAGAGGCGGUGCUCUGCGCAGAUGCCCUGCGGGUCCUGGAGGCCAAAAAGAGGUCGGUGGUCAAGUUCGGCCCCUGGAAGGCGGCCCCGCAGGUCAAGGACCUCCUCGACUGCGUGAAGAUGGACAUUACGGCCCAGGGGUACCAGGUACACUAUGAACAGUUCUCAGAGAGGACGUUAAGGGCCAAGCACUUCGGUUACUUUUACACAUUCGUCUUCAUCUGGUGGUGAUCCCCGGCGGGUGGGGGCGCGGGGACAGUUUGUUUCGGGUUCUGGUGCGACUUAUGAAAUUAAAAGUUGCCUUCAAAAUUCUUCUUACUUUAAUUAAAAAAAAAAAUCAAACAACUCCCCCUCACCCCCGGAUAAUUAUUUCCCUGUUGAGGACUUUCUACUCAUUGCAGCUGAUUCCACUGUACUUGCCUAGUAAGGUGCAGCUGCCGCCUCUUUAAAGCCUCCCCUACUUGACGGAUCCUUCCCUUCAAGUCCAAAUGGCAAGGCUGAGAUGAGUUGGAAUGUUUCAACAAUACUUUGACUGGAGAUGGCGGAUGAUAACAGGAAGGUAACAGAGUACCAUGAAUCUAGAUAAAAUGAUCUGAAAAUGUAGUCUACCCAGGCUCGGCGCGUGGUCCAAUCCUCUCCCCCUGUUAAUAAUAUGCCUUAAUGAGGAAGAUGCCAAGUUCAUACCUGUAGUAGAUGCCACUCAGAUCUCCUUUCCCAGGUGCUGUGAGUGUUGACUUC